GACAAGGGAUGUCCUGCUCGGGGCCUGGGAUUCUGAUGCUGGCUUCCGGAACUGAGUUUAUCCCAGCGGGCGGCGGAAUAGGUGUUUAAAGAGUUCAAAAUGAAGGACCAAGAAAUACAGAAUGGCACAAACGCCGAGCUUCCACCAACCGUGCCCACUCAGUCACUCACACCUGUCUCCGUACCAAGUCAGCCGCAAACAAUCCCGCUCCAGGGUUCUUCUGAUGCAUGUGAUUCUGCUACCCAUGUCACUGAGGGAGAAGGAGCCGUUUGUCAUCCUCCUGGUGUGUGCGAUAUGUCUGAGGAACUAAGCCGGCAGUUUGAAGACAUUUUAAAUACAUAUUGUGUGGAUGCUGGUCAGGAAGGAGUUGCAGAUCCUGAAGAAACAAACAAAGGUCCUCCAGAAUCUAGGAAUGGAGAAACAGAAACAGUGGUGCCUGAAGUCAAUGGAGAGAAGGAGGUACUGCGAGGUGCAGCAGACAGUCGAACUAUUAUUGAAACAGACAAAGAUCAAAAGCGUGUACAAGAUAAGAAGAAGUCAAAGGGGCUCGGUAAGGAGAUCACACUACUUAUGCAGACUUUGAACACACUGAGUACUCCAGAAGAAAAACUGACUGGUCUUUGCAAGAAAUAUGCAGAACUGUUGGAGGAACAUAGGACAUCCCAGAAGCAAAUGAGAAUUCUUCAGAAAAAACAGAGUCAGCUUAUUCAAGAGAAGGACCAGCUGCGCAACGAACAUAGCAAGGCCAUCCUAGCUCGUAGUAAAUUGGAGAGCCUAUGCAGAGAACUGCAAAGACACAACCGCACAUUGAAGGAGGAAGGGGUACAAAGAGCCCGGGAGGAGGAAGAGAAACGGAAGGAGGUAACCUCUCACUUUCAGCUGACUCUCAAUGACAUCCAAUCGCAGAUGGAGCAGCAUAAUGAGCGCAACACUAAGCUACGUCAGGAAAAUGUGGAGCUGGCUGACAGGCUGAAGAAACUGAUUGAACAGUAUGAGCUCAGGGAGGAGCAUAUUGAUAAAGUAUUUAAACACAAAGACCUUCAACAGCAGUUGGUUGAUGCUAAACUGCAGCAAGCUCAAGAGAUGUUGAAGGAAGUUGAGGAGCGCCACCAGCGGGAAAAGGACUUUCUCCUAAAAGAAGCAGUGGAAUCCCAGAGAAUGUGUGAGCUCAUGAAGCAGCAGGAAUCCCACCUCAAACAGCAGCUGGCUCUGUACACUGAGAAGUUUGAGGAAUUUCAGAGCACACUUUCCAAAAGCAAUGAAGUUUUCACAACCUUCAAACAGGAGAUGGAAAAGAUGACAAAGAAGAUCAAAAAGUUAGAGAAGGAGACCACAAUGUAUCGCUCCAGAUGGGAAAGUAGCAAUAAGGCUCUUCUAGUGAUGGCCGAGGAGAAAACCCUACGUGAUAAAGAGCAAGAGGCUUUGCAGGCCAAGAUCCAAAGAUUAGAGAAGCUCUGCCGGGCUUUACAGACCGAGCGUAACGACCUUAACAAGAAGGUGCAAGGCUUCAGUGGACCACAGGCCCCUUCUGUGGAGACCACUGAGGAUUGUAUAAGUUGUACAACACCUGCUAUCGGUGAUAAUGUAGAACUGAACAGCAGUGAUGUGUGUGGGCAAAAUGCACUUCAAGCAGCACCAGCACUGCCUCCUCUUCCACCUGCCAUGUCAGAGUAAUGCAGACAGGAGUGAAUGCUGCAUAUCUAAUGUCCUCAUUUCUUUUUUUUAUGAUGGCUUCCACUUUUAUAUCCCACAUUACACAUCCACCCCUUGCUUUUAUUUCAGUUUAGUUUUUUUCACCUGAAUACCAUAUCUACAACAUUAUUGGAAGGAUUAGGACCUAGCCACAAAUGCUGUUUACUUUCCUAUCUUCAUGCCUAUAGCAACUGGUCCAACAGAGGUCCCAUUUGCAGGUUAUCCACGCAGUUUACAGUUUGUUGUGGCUUUGGUAGACUCUAAUUGGCUUCAUACAUUUUGAAUAAACUCUGGUUAAUGAAAAUAAUAAAUUUUUCCUGCUUUAAAAAUAUAUUUACAUACACAUAGCAAUGGUGACAUGGAUGGUUUCAUGUAGGAACUGUCAGCCAUUGGUAUGUACAAAUGAUUCUCAGAAUAUGUCUGCCUCAUGCAUGCAAGUGCUUGAAAAACACACUGUUACUGGUACUUACUCUGGGACCACAUUACACAUUAGCGUCUCAAUUCCUAUGUUCCGCUGAACUGCCCAUCCUUUCUUCUCUGUUCACUUAAUUGAUUUGCAGUAAAUACAACCUGCUCACAGG